AUGGGCGAUAAUUCGGCGAAUGCCACCAAGGACGGUCAACCCGAGCACAUUAAUUUGAAAGUGCAGGGACAGGAGGGCUCAAUAGUACAUUUCAAAAUCAAGAAAACCACCCCUCUUCGAAAACUAAUGAACGCUUAUUGUGAGCGCAUGGGUUACCAACCGAGCUCAGUUCGUUUCAUAUUUGAUGGAAAUAACGUUCAUGACACCCAUACUCCGGCAACA